ACUCUCUAAGGAUGAAUGGUUCCAAUGUGGCCAACACAGCCCCCCCUGCAGCCCCCCCUGCAAAGUCCAAGGAGGACCAAGUAGUGAAUGGCCAUGAUGAGAAGGAGAGCAACCCCUUUGCAGAAUACAUGUGGAUGGAGAACGAGGAGGACUUCAACCGCCAGGUGGAGGAAGAACUUCAGGAGCAGGAGUUCCUUGACCGCUGCUUCCAGGAGAUGCUGGACGAAGAAGACCAGGACUGGUUCAUUCCAUCCCGUGACCUGCCUCAAGGCAUUGGGCAGCUUCAGCAGCAGCUGAAUGGACUCUCAGUCAGCGAUAACACCCACAGCCACAUCUCAGAAGACAUUUUGAGCAAAAGCACCUUAAACCCGGACGCCAAGGAGUUUGUUCCUGGAGUGAAGUACUGAGCCUUCAGGCAAACUUCAUAAAGACUUUUUUUGCCCUGGAUGGAUGGGGAAAUGGGGUGGGGGGAGCGGGACCCACAAGCAGUGGUGGGAAAGAGGCUCUUUGUUGGCGAAUUGGGGGCCUCUUAAGCUACUUAAUCCCUCUUGUCUUGCUGCGUUGGGAUAUUUUGCAACAAACUGAAGAAAAAUAAUGCUCUCCGUGGGAUGGGACAAAGGGAUGGGCAUCCUAACCCCCGUUUCCUGUUAAACAGAGACAAGCCUAGCCUGACCACCAGCAGCAUUUUCUGCCCAUCCCCCCAUCCCCACCGCCCCUUGGUUAGCUGCUUCCCCAAGCGUGAUUUGGGACCUUGCUGCAGGGUGGGCAAAGGUGCCCCCGCAGCCUCUUCUCGGUGGAAGUUCUCAAGCACAGCAGGCAGGCCAGACCCUGCGCCUCAUGCUUCUCCCAGCUUUGGAGCAGCCCCUUCCUCUCUUUGCUUUUGCCAAGGCCGAUUCUUCUUCCAGCAAGGGAGGCUGCCUCUGGGUGGGCCGGGGGCUUCCGCGCGAACUGGGCCCAGCCCCUUUGGCGUUUCAGGACAAGCAGCCUGAGCACGUGUGAGCUCGCUUGAAUGUUCCCUCCGUCCGGUUGCCAACUCCUGGGGUUCUCCUUCAGAGGAGAGAGGGGGGUCCUGGAUUUUCUGGAGAGGUUAACCUAUAAGCGGUGCUGAGCGUUGGAGCAAGGUCUUGGGCAUAGCACUUGCCAUAAUUUUCUGUCCUCGUGUCUCUUCUCCCAUCCUCUCAACCUCCCUCUUCCCCAAAAAAGCAGCAAACCCUGAAACAUGGCUGGGAGCUGGCUGAUCAUUUCCCCUCAAGAGACCACACUCUUUCACGCUGGGCAUCUUGGUUUGAAGGCAGAAGCCGCAUCCUUUUCCUGCCUUCCCAGAGGGAGGCUGCCAGCUCUCUUCCUGCUCUUGCCGCCGCCUCCAGUGAAAAGGACGGUCUGGUGCUCAGCUGAUGGGCACAAGGCUCCCCAGGGCCUGGACCCGGAGGGUGAAGGAAGCAGGUGGCAGCUGCCUUUCUUACCAUUGGAACAAAGCCCAGCCCAUGAUCUCCUACCCAAGCUGUAAAGAAUAUUCUAUCCUCCUUGAGCUACCUUUUACAGAGAGCGCUCCUGCAGGUUGGAGGUGCUGUGGGGAAAAAGUAGGCCACACGAGGCGAGCCAUGCCAGCUCAGCGAGACCUUUUAUGGGCCUGUUGGACAAGCAGAAGGGCUUCCCCAACCCAGAGCCCUCCAAAGGGGUUGGGGCAACCCCGAGAAUCUCUGCCUCUAGUCCAGGUUGCGUGCACCUAAAGCAGAGAUUUCCCUCCCGCUUGUUCACCAAAAAAAAAAAAAAUUGGCUUUCUCUUUGGGAUGAUCCAAACUUCCAUUUGUGCAGCCACACCAACUUGAUUCCCAGAACCUCUUUCUGGAAACAAGCUUGUUAGGAGGGCAGGUGAGACCUCAGCUUCCUCCUCUGCUUAAUAAUGUGGUUCCUCCUCCUCCCUCACCCCCCCCAAAUCUUUGCUGAAGCCAGCCUUCCUCAGUCUGGCCUCUCCCUACCAGCAUGGCCCCUGGCAGGGCAGGGCAGGGCUUGGCUUGUAGCUCAGCUGCCAUAGAAAGUGCUGGCAGGGGACAGGUACCCGAGGCUCCUUUCACACAGCUCCCGUGCUGUGAGCGUGAGCUUGGAGCUGCUCUGAGGGGAUCCGACUGCCUCUGCCUUCUUUCCAGGGAAAGGGACCCGGCAACUUGUGCAGGGCUGAGGCAACAUUGGGAUCUCUUUCCCCAGUUCCUUCCAGGAAACAUUGACAUAGGAAGCCUCAGUGCCGCAGGCAGGAGCAGAAAAGCCGCCCCAUUUCCCCCUCGGUGCCUGGUGGUUUGGGGAGAACAGGCAUGGGUCCGGAUUCUGCUUUGGAAAAGAUGUGUGGGGCAGCGGGGCUUAUUUUUUUAGCCUUGUGACAGGCUUGUUGGAUGAGUGAUCUGUGGAACAAUUAGAGCAGAUGUGCAAGGCCCUUCCCUCCUCCACUCUGCAAGCUCUGGUUUCUUUCUGAGGAAGUCUUUGCAAUUAUGUGCUGCCCAUUUUUACAAUAAUGCAUUCUUCAAUAAAUGGAUUUUGAGCUGG